AUGGAUUUGAGGUCAACGCUUCUGGUCAUUGGAGGAUCCACCUGCUCCUUCAAACUGCUGAACACGAUUGUCAGACUCCUGCCAACACCAGAGCCGGCGCGCAAGAGAGCCUGGAAGUGGAGCAACAUCAGCACUUCUUUAGCUCACAGCUCGCUGACAGGAACAUGGGCUGCUUUAUGUUUGUACAGUCAUCCUCAGAUGCUGAAGGACCUGAUCUCCUCUCACUCCUUGUUCUCCCACAGCCUUGUAGCUGUGUCGACAGGUUAUUUUAUCCACGACUUCUUGGAUGUGGCCUUCAACCAGUCAUUUAAACGGUCCUGGGAGGUGCUCCUCCACCACUCUGCAGUGAUCCCCUGCUUCAGUUUGGCUGUAACGUCCCGUCUCUACCUUGGCUUCGCUGUGGUGUCUUUGCUGAUUGAGAUCAACUCUGUUUUCCUUCAUAUCAGACAGCUUCUCCUCCUGUCAGGACAGAGAAACAGGCCAGGGACUGAAAUUACAGCCCCUCGCCCCUCUGUGACCUACAGCAUGACCAGCUGGCUCAACCUGGGAACGUUGUUGGUGUUUCGUGUCUGUACGACGGGUUGGAUGAGCCGCUGGCUGGCAGCUCACAGUGAACGUAUACCUCGCUACACUCUAAUGAUGGGAACAGUAGGCCUGAGUCUCAUCACCACCAUGAACACAGUGCUGCUGUACAGACUGCUCAGAGCAGACUUCUUCACCGACACACGCAAAACCAGCAACAGCCACUAG